AGUCAUGGGAGAAGCGCCCAUCAACACAAACUUUGAGCUCCCAUCGAUCAGUCGUGAUAUGCGGGUUGUUCUUUGUUUAGAUUUUCAUAUUUUGUUUCUGGUAUGAGCAAUACUGGUUCAGAUACAAUGAAUGAAACAGAAAAAGAAACUGUGCCAGAAACUCAAGAAACUGAACCCAGCGGUGAAAGUUCAACUGAAGCACCAGACAAAAAGAAAAGAAUGUUUUCAAAGGAAUUGCGGUGCAUGAUGUAUGGAUUUGGUGAUGAUCAGAAUCCUUACACGGAAUCGGUGGAUUUACUGGACGAUUUGGUCAUGGAAUUUAUAACUGAGAUGACACAUAAAGCAAUGGAGGUCGGUAGACGAGGGCGUGUCCAGGUGGAAGAUAUCGUGUUCCUUAUUCGUAAAGACUCAAGAAAAUAUUCCAGAGUUCGUGACCUCCUUACAAUGAACGAAGAGUUAAAGAAAGCGAGAAAAGCAUUCGAUGAAGCAAUAUAUUGAGGUAGCAGGCUAAACUCCUGUAAGACUGAUAAUGAACUUUUAGGAGAUGGAAGCAUGCUACAUUUAUACUGGAGGAUUUUAAUUUUGUGGAGGCUGUUGUGCGCAGUGGGAAUGGUUGGUUUCCCAAACUCGAGGUCGGGUUGUUGAUCCUUCGCAGUGCACUUUAUAUCUACAUUGCUUCAGUCUACCAAGCUGUACCAGCAAAUUGGUGGGAGUAACCUGCGGUCACCAGUGUCCUACCAAGGGGAUGCAACACACUCUCAUCCGCUUCAUGCUACUUGAAACUGGGGAUAGGCUCCAGCCCUAUGUGCCCUAGUGACUCGGAAAAGGUUUACAUGCGACACUCCUCUAAGACUCAUAAUGAACUUUUAAAAGAUGGUAGCAUGCUACAUUUAACAAUAUAAUGAAUCUAGCACUUUCCACCAUGUGUGACUUACAUUGUUACAAAUGUGUAGCAUACUACAUUUUGAUGCUACACCGAUAAGAAAUUUAUUGAGGAGUAUGUAGAUCGUGAUUUCUUGGAAUAAUGAUGUUCAUCCCGUCAUUGCAUUGCACAACUUUUUACAAUUGACAAUAAGACAAGACGCUACAAACAUGUUGAAAUGAAGUUAGAACAUAACAUACAAUUUUGUGGAUAUGAUAUACACCUGAUUUUCAUGGUAAUCAAUUAACAGUCAAUUAGUCAGUAUUUUUGAAAAUAUUAAGUAUAGUAUAAUGCAGAUUUUAAUGAGCCGAGAAGUCCGAGAGUGCUAUUUCUGGCCAUCUAGAGGCCCCUAUUAAAAAAUAAAAUCCUUAGCUGGGGAUGUUGCAUGCUAAAGUUAACAUUAGGGAGCUUUCGACUGCACGACGAUGGCAGACCGUAAUGACGUCACUAAAAGUCAUCUGCGCAUUCAAGUUUUCGUUGCAUAGAUUCUAGGACGCAAUUUGACCGAAUCUAUGUAUGCCACGUAAAAAAAAAAAAAAAAAUCCUACAGCCACCACUGCAUGUGUAGUGGAUAAAGAAUUGAUUUUCAUCAGGUGGGAUAGGGGCAGUGAAAUAUUGACAUUGGGGACUGAUGGGUGAGGGCAGUCAGGGGUGCUAGUAGGCAAAAUAAGGUGUUACGAGGUGAUUUUGUACUGUAACUACAGGUACCUAAAUGUGUUUUUUUUUCUUAACCACCAGUGGUGGGGAAUAGGAGCUAAGGCACAAACCUUUUGUGUGCUACAUGCACUUCAUCAAUAACGAACAGCUAUGCACGUGUUUCCUCUAGAGGGCUGAAGUGCCAGUUUAUAUACGUAAAAAUAAAUACUUUAUGGUGACCAAAA